AUGGAUUUGUUUAUUGAAAGAAAAAUAAACAGUUUAUUACAAUUUUUAUUUGUUUCCCGACAGGAUUUUUUGAAGAAUUUGAGAUUUUGGAACAACAAUAAUAACAACUUUUCGAUUUACUUAUUAAUUUUUGGAGUAGUAGUAUUUUUUUAUAAAAAACCAGAUCAUUUGAAUCGUAUCGUUGACAGCAUCAGUGAAAUGACAACGAAUUUCAGAAAUAGUAAUAGUCUCAGCCGUUGGUUGCCCAGAAGCAAGUUCACCCACUUGGACGAAGAAGUUCUGAAGAGGGGUGGCUUCAUUGCUGGUUUGGUUAAUGACGGUAACACCUGCUUCAUGAAUUCCGUAUUACAAUCAUUGGCAUCAUCCCGAGAAUUGAUGGAUUUCUUGGAUAACAACGUCAUCAAGACCUAUGAAGAACUAGAAGAAAAAGCAGAAAAUAAAGAAGAAAGCGGAUACGAACACGAAGACGAGCAAGAUGCUCUCAAGAAGAAGUCUGCCAAGAACGGUAAAGUUUACGGUAAGCACAAGAAAAAGCUAAACAGGAAAUUAAGCUCCAGAGAGGAAGAAGAAGAGAACCAAGAGCCGGAUGUCACAUUUAGCGUCACUUUAAGGGAUCUAUUAGCUGCUUUGAAUGAUAAGUAUUAUAGAGACAAACCAUAUUUUAAGACCAAUAGGUUAUUGAAAGCAAUGUCCAAAUCUCCAAGAAAAAAUAUGCUUUUAGGCUACGAUCAAGAAGAUGCACAAGAGUUUUUUCAAAAUCUUUUAGCUGAAUUGGAAAAUAACAUCAAAUCAAUGAACUCUGAAAAGCUUGAUACUACCCCAAUCGCUAAAACUGAGUUACCAGCUGAUGCUUUGGUGGGUCAAAAUAAUCUUGAGAAAGUCGGCACUGUUUAUAUUCCGACUGAACAAAUUGAUCCCAAUUCUAUUUUACACGACAAAUCGAUCAAAAAUUUCACACCUUAUAAAUUGAUUACUCCUUUAGAUGGUAUUACCGCAGAAAGAAUUGGAUGUUUACAAUGUGGUGAAAACGGUGGCAUAAGAUAUUCCGUAUUUUCAGGGUUAAGUUUAAAUUUACCUAACGAGAAUAUUGGUUGCACCUUGAAGUUGUCUCAGUUGCUAAGCGAUUGGAGUAAACCCGAAAUCAUCGAAGGCGUGGAAUGUAAUCGUUGUGCCCUCGCUGCAGCUCAUUCUCAUUUAUUAGGUCAGCUGAAAGAAUUCAAACAGAAAUCAGAGGGUUCUAUUCCAGAAAAAUUGAUUAGUGCUGUCCAAAACAGGGUACAACAAAUUGAAGAGGUACUCGCCAAACCAGUUAUUGAUGACGAAGAUUAUGAGAAGUUGCACACAGCCAACAUGGUCCGUAAAUGUUCCAAAUCUAAACAAAUCUUAAUAUCAAGACCACCACCAUUAUUGUCUAUUCAUAUCAAUAGAUCUGUCUUCGAUCCAAGAACCUACACAAUCAGAAAAAACAAUUCCAAAGUACUAUUUAAAUCAAGGUUAAACCUUGCCCCAUGGUGUUGCGAUAUCGACGAAAUCAAUUUAGAUGCUCGAUUACCAAUGUCAAAGAAGGAAAAGGCUAUGCAACAAGAUUCCAGUGAAGAUGAAAACAUUGGCGGCGAGUACUAUUCCAAAUUGCAUGAGCGCUUCGAACAAGAAUUUGAGGAUAGUGAAGAAGAAAGAGAUUACGAUGACGGAGAAGAAAACCAGACCUCUCACUACAAUGAUAACAGGGAUACUAAUAAUUAUGACCCACUAAAUGGUGAAGCUGAUGGAUUAUCGUCAGAUGAUGAGGAUGAAUACAUCGAAGAAACCGACGCCUUAGGCAACACCAUUAGAAAGAGGAAUAUAGAGCAUGCCAAUGCUGAAGAAGAACAUGAACAUGUAGUAGAAGACAAUGGGGAAGGGAUGAACAACACCGACAACGUAAACCACAGCGAGCUAAAGGUUAAUGUUGAGGACCAAUUAGACUCAUCAUCAGAUGAGGAAGAUGCUAUACCGGCUCCGCCCAUCAACUAUGCUAGGUCAUUUUCCACUGUGCCAGCCACUCCGCUGACAUAUUCUUUGCGUUCAGUCAUUGUUCAUUACGGUACUCACAAUUAUGGUYACUACAUUGCAUUCAGGAAGUACAGAGGCUGUUGGUGGAGAAUAUCCGAUGAGACCGUGUACGUCGUGGAUGAAGCUGAAGUUCUUUCAACACCUGGUGUGUUUAUGCUAUUUUAUGAGUAUGACUACGAUGAAGAAACCGGUGAGAUGAAAGACGACUUGGAGGCCAUUCCAACUAACGAGGAAGAAGAAGAAGGAGAGCAAGAGCAAGAGCAGCAAAACCAGGAAGUCCAAGAAGGUAUAUCUGGUAAAGAUGUAAAUUAA